ACUUGAACGACGACGACAUUAUGGACGACGGCGACGACGGUGAUGCCGCUGUGUUUGAAGCUUCGGCCUCUCCGUCACCCAUGUCGAUCGUCGAUCUCUUUGGACCACCCCCGAGCAUGGACAUUGAACCCAACCGUGCGGUGCGACCUAUCGUGCCCGAAGGCGAGUACGUCGACCCGCCUCUUGCGUCGUGCUGUCGCGUCAUCAACAACCUCAUGGAUCGUCUCGUGACCAACCAGCCGUAUUACUGGGAACACAUUUACCCGCAAACAGUCGUUGGUGGGAGGAAGCUGCCUGUGGCCAACCCCGGCGGGAAGUACCUCGUCAAGCUCUACGUCCUUGGGAAGUGGCGGCGUAUUGAAGUCGACGACCGUCUUCCUCUCGAUAAGAACGGCAAGGUCCUUGUACUCAGCAGUACGCUUUCCACCGAGAUUUGGCCAUCUCUCCUCGCCAAGGCGAUUUACAAGGUCUUUGCGUGGCUUGGCCACCUCCCAAAUAUGAACAGCCCGGCCACGACGACGUUCUCCCUCGGCUUUAUUCUCAACACGCUCACAACGUGGAAGUCGCGCCCGUACGUGACGCUCUCGGAUGCCAAGGCCCAAGAGGAACUGGCCAAAGUGACACCAUUGCUCGAUGCGGCCUUGAACGUCGAGGUGCAACCCUCGCUCAGUCUGUCGAACGUGGUGCUGCUUUGCCCGUUGGCGCCGGUCAUGACGCGCAGCUUCAACGCCGUGUGUGGCGAAGCGUUCGUUUUGGCAAGUAUUCGAUGGAUCCACCCGUCGUACUCGGUCUAUAUCUACUCGUCGCGGCUCGACGCAGCACCGGACGAGACCAUGGGGUUCACGCCCGAGACACUCGAGUACCACAAAAUGACGUCCAUGAUUCUACACACGAUACCGACGCACACGCUGCAACUCGUGCAGGAAUGGCGACAAGUCGUAUCGCCGACCGACGUGACCGUGUCUACAUGGAUGCCGUUUCCGCACGACUUGCCGCACUUUCUCAUUGUCAACGUGCCUGACGAUGUGGUCGCAACGACGCUGUACGUGACACUGCAGACGGCACCGGUCGUUGACCCGUCGGUCACGGACCGUGGUUUGUUGCUCUUGGAAGACCCACAACUGAGCGUGUCCAAGCGCGACGACAGCAACAGAACAGUUCCGUUCUUCAAGCCGUUUGCCUCGUUGCCUUUCGACGUCCACGGGCCGGGUACACACGUCUUUCGAUUGUAUCCGCAAAAUCUGGGCACCGGGUACAGCAUCGAGAUUGAAAGCGACGUUGCCAUCGCUCUCCAGAGCAUGCCUGAGUGUGUCACGACGACGUGCAGCAUGCACACCGAGGUCUUUAAUGGCGAGUACAUUGCGAUGCCCGCGAACGCAUGGCACAUUGUGCACAAGUCGACCAUCACUGUCGCGCCCAGCACGUCCACCCAUCGCCGGCUUAUCGUUCACGUGCAUCUCAUGGACGAAGCGGCUGGUGCAUUCUUCCACUUGCACAUUGUCAACAAUACGACGCGAGACGUGACCCGAUACCAUUUGCUCGAGGCGCACAUCGACCUGGGCGACGAUGCGCAGGCAUUCACGAUCUUGCUCGAGUGCUUCGCCAAGCGCGCCGUGCCACCGGCCAAGUAUACGAUCCUGGUGGCGUCUGACGGACCGCUAUCGAGUGGGCCGCUCGUAAACGCACCCCUCGCGCUCUCGAUGUUUGCCGGUGUUUACACGCCCAACAAGUACCACACCCUCUUUCGCGACGUGUUCGUACUGCACGGCGCCGACGAGGUGAAAAAGGGCGCCGCGCGGAUCGCCGUGGAUGCGUGCUUUAAACUGUGCACGUCGGUGUCGAAUGCAGCGCUCAAGCUCGAAAUCUUCGAUGCUGCGUCGGGUGCAUCGCUAGCAAAGGCAUGCGACUACGACUGCGUGCAGCUCAUGCAGCUCCCGCCGCAUGCCGACGGGUACAUUGUCGAAGGUAGCUUUGACACGGCAAAGUGGCUCGCUCCUGACGAGCUCCAGUCCGUCAAGCCAUUUGUGGACCUCGGCAAGCCGCCCGAGCCAACGGCCUCAAACACGGCGCGCUGGUCCCUCGAAGUGUUUGCAUCGGGCGCCGCGUCACUCACACCCGACUGCACGACGCUCAACAAGCACGCAGCCAUUCGGUUUGGGUGGGAGCAGGCCGAGCGCGGGCGCGAGGUCCGUGGCGUAAUCAGUCGUCUCUUGUACCUCGGGAAACAAGACGAGGCGAUCGCAAAGAUGAACGACGCCGAGUAUACGCCCGAGCAGCAAAAGCAAAUGCUUGGGCGGUACGAGAUCGCGAGUACCAGCUCCGUCGAAGUCAUUCCUUCGUCCGGCCACGAUCGCUUCUUGACGCGCGAAGAGUGGAUGGCCGAGGCCGCGGCUCGCCAAGUCGAGAUCGAGUCGCUCCGUGCCCAAGUCGAGAUUGGCAUCAAAGCACGAGCGGAUGCGAGUGUGCAGCGCAAGGCCGAGAUCGAUGCGAUGAAGAAGGACAUUGUGGACUUGCGCCAAGCAUGGCUUGUCGAACGAGAACGGCUGUGGAACCAACGCGAGGCGCUGCGUAAAGAGCAGCCCAACCCAACGCCCGUGGCCAACUUUCCAUAGUCGACGACCAUACAAAAUGUACAUUCUUGUACAAAUUCAG